AAACGAGGAACAGGACUUUUUUAGCAACGGGAUAAACAACUAUUUUAUUACUUUGUGCAGUACAAUGGCACAUUCCCGGAACAGGGCUGUCAAGGAGGAACUGCGUUUCAAUCCAUUUCGCAUGUUUCUCUUCCUCUGCCUGACUGGAGCAAUAACCAUGAUGCUAGUCGGAUAUACAAUGCUCAAAGGUGAAAAGUAUGAAGAAAAUGAUGCUGGAAUGCCAGCGUUUGUGGAGAGCCAUGCUGACGACAGCCAGGCGCUCAAGGAAGUUAUCUCGGAGCCAAUCAUUCUAUGGUGGACACCAUUCACCGGGGAAAAGGGCGCAUACAGGCGUUGUGGUCAAGUCUCGUGUUUCUUCACAGUCGACAGGCACUACUGGCAACACCAAAAGACAAAGGCAGUGGUAUUCUAUGGGACAGACCUGCGUGUGCAUGACCUCCCUAUGCCCCGUAAACCCGAGCAUGAAUGGGCCCUCCUACAUGAGGAGUCUCCUAAAAACAACCUUGUGCUGCACAUGCCUGCAUUCAUUCCGUUGUUCAACCACACGGCCACAUUCCGGCGGGGCUCCGACCUCCCGCUCACCCUGCAGCACCUAGAGGACCUGACUUGGCUAGAAAGCACCAAGUACCUCGUGUCAACAGAACAGAAAAACAGGCAUGAGAGGGAGGCUUCUCUAGCUGCAGUAUCGUACACGCAGAGUGACUGCAAUGUUCCAUGUGGUCGUGACAACUACGUACGCGAACUCAUGAAGGAGAUGACUGUAGAUUCAUAUGGGUCUUGUGUACACAACAAGGACCUCCCAAAACACCUAGUUGACCCAAUAGCUGGUAUGGAGCACACAGAGUUCUACCAUUUGAUGGCCCGCUACAAGUUCACGCUGGCCAUGGAGAACGCCAUCUGUGACGACUAUGUCACUGAGAAGGUCUGGAGACCGCUCAUGCUGGGCUCUGUACCUGUCAUACGAGGAUCACCCAAGAUCAAGGAUAUUUUGCCUGAUGAUCACUCGGCUAUUAUUAUAGAUGACUUUAAGUCACCAAAAGAACUGGCAAACUAUUUAAACUUCUUGGACAGAAAUGACCAGGAAUACAACAAGUACCUGAGUUGGAAGAAAACUGGUGUUACAAAUCCAUUACUUAAAGAAAUGCUAUCAAAUCGCUCAUGGAGCAUAGUGGAAACAUGGAAAUAUGGAAGGACUAAUUUUAUAGAAGACUUUGAAUGCUUAGUUUGCAAUAGGCUUCAUUCCAAUAUUAAACUAGCAAACCAAGGCAAACCAGAAAAAGUGUUCAUAGCAGACGAAUCUCACCUAGUGUGUCCGAGGCCGGAGGAGUUCAGCAGUGGAUACAACAGCUGGUUAGAUGACUGGAAUCAGAAUGUGAUUCUGGCAGAGGCCGCCAGGUACUUUGCUGACAAAAACUUGCCUAUCACCAAGGGAGAUUUACAUGCAAAACAGUCAGAAAUUAGUUAUCAAAAGAAGAACUCUUGGUUUUGAUGUCAGCCAUUCUGGUAAGGUUUUAGUUUGUAGUGGUAGUUAUUGAUCCAUUGUCCAAGUCAUGUGAUG